AUCGAAAUAUCUAACAUCGAUGACACUUUUAUUUUUCACAUUCCAUUUAAUAAGACGAGUUAUCCAUGGCAUUAAAUGGAAAAAUAAGUUUAUUAAUCGCGUACUCAAUAUAAUUAUUUUUACUCUGAUAUUUCGAAAAAUUUUUGAACUUUUUAAGUAUGAUGCUGUUUAUGUUGCUAUUUAGCCGACAAGGCAAAUUACGAUUGCAAAAGUGGUACAUGGCUUAUCCCGAUAAGGUAAAGAAGAAGAUAACUCGUGAAUUAGUAACUACCAUACUGGCGCGGAAGCCUAAAAUGUGCUCAUUCUUGGAGUGGAAAGAUUGCAAAAUUGUGUACAAGCGAUUGUACCCUCUAAGUGAGCUUUUGGGUUACCGAAGUCCCAUGGUAUUAUGGCAAUACCGUUUCCGUAGCUUAGUGAACUUAAAGCUAUGACAACCGAGACAUAACAUCUUUUAAUACAGUUUUACUUAAAACAAAACAAUAAACCUGAAAAAUUAUCGCAAAAA